AUGGCCAGUGCUGUGGGUUCCGUUGUCGUUGCUGCCGCGCAAAGUGUUGCCAAGGUUUAUGCUAUUGGGGGUAUCGGAUAUGCGGCAGUCAAAUAUCCCAAAAAUGCACCAUUGCUACCCAGCGGUGCCGUCGGCACCAUUGCUCGAUUUGGCUUUAACGUGCUCACGAUUUCUUUGAUAUUCAGCACUAUUGCUUCUUCGGUGACCAUUGAUUCACUCGGGAACUACUGGUUUGUCGUGGUGGGAGCCGUGGGAGUCCUCGCCAUUUCCUUUGCCACAGCCACCAUCCUCUCCAAAGUGAUUCCCAUUCGCAAUCCAUCCGACUUUAAUGCUUUGCGCAUUGCGGCCACAUUUCCCAACAUUGUGGCCUUGCCCAUUUUGAUCUUUCCGUCACUCUGUGAAUAUCCCGUCGUCUAUGAAGCGUUUGGAAAGUCAGACACAGCAAUGAGCGAAGGAGGCGAGGACCGAGCACAACUCUUUCAACAAUGCGUCGCCAAGUCCAACACCAUGAUCUUUUGCUACUUCUUCGGCUGGUCCUUGCUCUUUUGGAGUUUUGGACAUCCAACGCUUUUGACAGCCGCAGAGAACAAGUCUCGAACGCAUGAUGAGCAAGAGAGGACUACCCAAAGCAGCAGCAAAAGUGGUAGUCAAGCUGCUGGAAGGACCACGGACCAGUCGUUCACCGGCCACACCAGUACCUCUGUCACAAUUGCGACGGACGGGGACAUACCGCCUGAAAUGCAAUCUACCACUGCCCUGACUCCUUUUUCAACACAGGACGAGGAGGACCUGCAGGUACCGGAUUCACCGGAAGAGAAUGCAUCCCAAGAACAACAAUCCACCAGUGUUCUCUCCAACAUUCAAAAGGCUCUGAAACAGACCUUCACAUCGCCUCCCUUUGUGGCCAUGAUUCUGGCCUUUUGUGUUGGGUGUAUUUCCCCCGUGAGAGACCUUCUCUUCUCGCAAGGAGGGGCACUACGCUUUCUAGGGGCCGCAGUGGAAACAUUGGGGCAAGCAUCAUCGCCCAUGUCCACCAUGGUUGUCGCAGCAAGUCUGGCAUCGAGGCGGGAAUCCUCGUCAAUGGCAGAGGACGACAUCAGUGAUGAUGGGCAAGACCAAGACGGCUACAAUGAAGGCGCACAACAACAACCCACUGAUGCUCCACCAGCAGAUGCUGUGGAUCGCAGCAUGACAGUCGAGGAAGAGUCGCCGGUCAUGUCAGACCCCAACUUUGGACCUCUGCAGCUGCGAAGACGGUCGUCCAUUCACAGGUUUGGUGCAUCACUGCGCCAAAGUUCGAUACGGGCCAUGAAAAAGGCCCGUCGGACGGACCCUGAACAACGGAGGCUGUACAUCUGGUUCACCUUGAGUCGAUUGAUCCUCUCCCCCGCACUGGUUACCUUGGCGAUUGUGGGUUUGGAUUGCAGUGGCAUCAGUGGUAUCCCACAUCUGGCCAAAUUGGUCUUGAUUGUCAACUCUUCAGUCCCAGGUGCCCUGAUCGUCGUUGUCCUCUUGAAGUCCAAUCCACUUCUGCACGAAACGGCAGCGGUGGUUGCCAAGGUGUACUUUCCAACCUACAUUCUUUCUAUUGUGACAAUUGCUGCGUGGACAGCCGUCGGACUCAUCGUCUCUAUACCAGAUGAGGAUGGAAACUCAUUUUGUUCGAGAUACAGAUAG